AUGGACCGUUGUAAUCAUGAUCAGCUUGGAAUUCUAGUGCAAACUUCUUGUACUAUUACACCUCAAGUCAAACCUGAUAAUGUCCCUGAUCUUACACACACAGACCUAACAUCUUCUCAGCGGCAUCAACUUAAGCAAUUAAUUCAACGUUUCCCGACAACACAUCCUGGUGCAAAACCUACCAACUCUCAGCCUUAUCGCAUGGCUCCACUUAAACAAGCUCAUGCAUCAACUGCAGUUGACGACAUGUUACACGAUGAUGUCAUCUCAUCGUCGUCUAGCCCAUGGGUUGCUCCCGUUGUUCUUGCCCUCAAAAAGCAAGUUGAAAUGGAUCCCGAAAGCCGUGCUAAAACUGCAUUUGUCACUCCUCGAGGUUUAUUUGAGCUUAAUGUUAUGCCAUUUGGUCUUUGCAAUGCUCCUGUUACGUUUCAACGCCUUAUGGACAUUGUUCUAGCGGGUCUAAAAUGA